AGGGGCCCGAACCCGAAUGCUAGUUUCCACUUUCUAGCCUUGAAUGAACGAACCAACUAACGAAUCUUCCUCGUCUUCCUCACCUCACAUCACCUGAUGAUACUAAUUGCUUCAUUUUCACCUGAGACGAGAUGAGACGAGAGCGCAUCAGUAGAGCCUAGAUGAGGAUGACAAUCUCACAGACAUCAUCAUCAUUCUAAGGUUGAUCUGAUCAUUGAUUGAAUUGAUUGGUGCCCUUUCUUGUUCUCAAUUUUGGAUUUUUUACAUAUUGGUCAUCGUCAUCGUAUCACCUCCAGGUCAUGUGAGAGUAAGUGUAUCGAAAAUCAUCACAAGUCCCUUGUCUUGUUGUUUCUUUUUCUAUUACACAAACGCAGAGAUAUGCAUCCAAGCAAGAGUGGGAAUGCCGUGUCUAGGAAUGAUCCGGGUAGUAAUUCCAACGCUACUACUGCUACUACCAACAAUAGUAAUAAAUCUCAGCGGAGAUUGAGCUUGUGCUCUCAAAUAGCUAUGCACUCGUCCCCAAUUGUUUUUCCUGAGAAACAGAAACGCAGCAAGAAGCUCAAGGCUGCUGCUUCCAAUUCCAAGAGGAGUAUGGAGGUCGUUGCUGAUGAUCCGUUUCCAUUCAACCAACCCAAGAUUGAUGAGCUCAAAAUAGACAUAGGUGGAGGAGCAGCUGCAGGAGGAGACGAAAACUCUGAUUUGUUAGGCUAUGCUGUCUUCUCUGGGAAACUCAUUUUGGAUAAGAGAAGUGCCUCUUCCUCCUAUCAUAGCAAUACUACUAAAGACCAAGCUGACAUUACCAACCAACAAGCAGUUGAUGCUAAGCUUACAAGCAAGGCUUUAGUUUGGGGUUCUCAUAUGCUCCAUCUUGAGCAUGUCAUCUCGGUGUCAUACAAUGUUGGUCUCAGACAUUUUACAGUGCAUUCUUAUCCCAUAAAAAAGAGCUCUCGUGGGCUGUCUUGCUUUAUUAAACCUAAAAGAACUCGCAAAGACUACCGUUUCUUGGCUUCUAGCAUAGAAGAGGCACUUCAAUGGGUCGGUGGAUUUGCUGAUCAGCAAUGCUAUAUUAACUGUUUGCCUCAUCCCUUGGCUUCAUCAAAAAAGCAAGCUUCUUCUGAGUCGCUUCCCACUGACCCUCCCCCUGAGCUUCUCUUCAAGUGCAAGUGCCCUCCCAAAAUGCUUGUCAUAUUAAAUCCACGGUCUGGACAUGGUCGUUCAACUAAAGUUUUCCAUGGAAUAGUAGAACCAAUAUUUAAGCUUGCAGGGUUUAAAUUGGAGGUGGUCAAAACAACAUCUGCUGGCCAUGCUAAAAAUCUUGCUUCUACUGUUGAUAUCAGCACUUGUCCUGAUGGGAUUAUAUGCGUUGGUGGUGAUGGAAUUAUUAAUGAGGUUCUAAAUGGUCUGCUUAGUAGAGAUAACCAGAAAGAAGGAAUUUCCAUACCAAUUGGAAUUAUACCUGCUGGUUCAGAUAAUUCUCUGGUUUGGACUGUUCUGGGGGUUAGAGAUCCAGUUUCCGCUGCCAUAUCUAUUGUGAAGGGGGGUCUCACUGCUACAGAUGUUUUUGCUGUUGAGUGGAUACAGUCUGGUGUUAUACACUUUGGAAUGACAGUCUCAUAUUAUGGCUUUGUGAGUGAUGUGUUGGAACUUUCCGAGAAAUAUCAGAAACGCUUUGGUCCAUUGCGUUAUUUUGUUGCUGGAUUUCUUAAGUUCUUUUGCAUGCCAAAGUACAGCUACGAAGUGGAAUAUCUUCCUGCAUCAAAAGAGGAUCGAGAAGGAAAACAAUCAGCUGAGGGAGACAUAGUUGACAUGCCAGACUUGUACACUGAUGUGAUGAGGAGAUCUAACACAGAUGGCAUUCCCAGAGCCUCUAGCUUAUCAAGUAUUGACUCGAUAAUGACUCCAAGUCGAAUGUCUGGAGGGGACAUGGAUACUACCUGCAGUAGCACCCAUGCCAGCACUGAACCAUCUGAUUAUGUGCGUGGCUUGGAUCCAAAAGCAAAACGCCUGUCAUUAGGGAGGACAAAUGUCAUGUCAGAGCCAGAAGUUAUUCAUCCACAGUUACCACUGUCAACAACUCCAAACUGGCCAAGGACCAGGUCAAAAUCAAGGGCUGAUAAAGGAUGGACUGGAUUGACUACUACACAUGACCCUUCUCGGUGUUCUUGGGGAAAUGCCUCAAUGAAUGAUAGAGAGGACAUAUCUUCGACGAUAUCUGAUCCUGGACCGAUUUGGGAUGCGGAACCAAAGUGGGACACUGAACCUAAUUGGGAUGUGGAAAAUCCUAUUGAUUUACCAGGGCCAUCAGAUGACAUAGAAGCAGGGAUGAAGAAGGAAGUCAUUCCCAGGCUUGAGGAUAAAUGGGAAUUUAAAAAGGGACAAUUUCUUGGUAUCCUGGUUUGCAAUCAUGCUUGCAGAACUGUUCAGAGUUCUCAGGUGGUAGCACCAAGGGCUGAGCAUGAUGACAACACCAUGGAUAUGCUCUUAGUUCAUGGUAGUGGGCGAUGGAGGCUGCUAAGAUUUUUCUUGCGAUUGCAGACGGGUCAACAUCUCUCUCUCCCAUAUGUUGAAUAUAUUAAGGUAAAAUCUGUGAAGAUAAAGGCUGGGAAGCACACACCCACUGGUUGUGGAAUUGAUGGUGAGCUCAUUCAACUAAAUGGGCAGGUAAUCUCUUCUUUGCUGCCAGAGCAGUGCAGACUCAUUGGCCGGUUCCCAAGCCAUCCUAUAUAACAAGCAGUGCAGACUCAUUGGCCGGUCCCCAAGCCAUGCUAUCUAACAACCAUGAGGCCUCGUUCUACAAUCUUAAAAGGAUGGGGGGACUACUCUCUUUGCAAGUUGUGGUUGUGAUAUAUGCAUAGAUCCUGGAACCAAAGAGUACUAGUAUGUGGUCCUUUUUCUCCACCUUUUCUUAUUUUUUUAUCCUUCAUUUGAAGCCCCGUCACCAUUGAGCCAUUUGAGAUCCCUGUAAAUUUUUUUGUGCGGUCAUGUGGAUUAGUCGGCAGUUGCUGCUGCUUUUAUGAUUUCCUUUUAGUCCCCUUACCUAUUGUUGGCAUGAGGUGCGAUUUGUAUUGGAAAACACCAUUCCUUUUCAUUUGUGAUUACAACAGAAAGUGUUCAUUUCAUGGUGAUAUUGUAAAGCAUUUGGUUUCCAUCA